UCCGCCUGGCUCCCCUCCUCUAACUUCUGGACUGUAGUUUAAAACGAAGCUAUUCGGCCUUGCUCAGACCUGUACCUGGAAGGUGGAAAGCCCCCUCCCAUCAGGGCAAAGAAGGGAGAAGAGAACUGCCUGUGACAGUGAAAAGAAAACCCUUGCAAACCCCAGAGCUGGCUAACUUCACGGCUUUACCUAGGACCAGCUUCGUUCUGCACUUGGAAGUCUGUCGUGUCACCACCUGUGUCAAUAUCAUAUUGCUAUUUCUGAUGCUUGGAAGCUAUCCUUUCAGCCGUAAGGAUGGUAAUAAAUCUUUGCCUCCCACAGUUCAGACCAAGAAUUUACUGCAACAAGAUAUCAGCUGAUGGUUAUGAAGUAGAAAAUCUCAUCUCUGAAGACCUCACAAAGAGAAGUCAUGGUUUUAGGACAGAGUAUUUCAUUAAGCCGCCAGUCUAUGUGACAGUUUCCUUUCCCUUCAAUGUGGAAAUCUGUAGGAUUAACAUAGACCUCACAGCUGGGGGAGGCCAGAAUGUCACUGGCCUGGAAAUGUAUACAUCUGCCUUGUCCAGCAGAGUGUCUUGGAAUACCCCCGAGUGCCAGACCCCAGGCCCAGAUGAGCCAUCCAUUCCGGACAAAGAAGCGUUCACUUUGGUGGGCAAAGUCUUGUUGAAAAACCAGAGCCAAGUGGUGUUUAGCCACAGGGGCUUCAAAGCCAGGCCACCUUUUGGCCCGAUGGAAGCCACACUCCCCUCCCCUGCUGUUGUGGCCCAGGAGCUCUGGAAUAAAGGGGCUCUUUCUCUUAGUCAUGUGGCCCAUCUCAAGAUUUGUAUCACCCAUGUGACAGGCAGUGGUAUCCCUUGUAUCAAGCGGUUGGAAGUAUGGGGUCAGCCAGCCAAAACCUGCUCUCAGGAGGUGAUAGACAGUGUUUUGCUGGUUGCCUCAGAGAGCCUCCCUCAGGACUUGUCUCUACAGGCCCCAGCCUUGCCCAUGGAAAGUGACUGUGAUCCUGGGGGCCAGUCUGAGGGCCAGCAGGCCCCCUCCAGCCUACUGGAGCUGGCUGAGGUAAUUCGGGAUGUACCUGAAGAGUUCCUGGAUCCCAUCACCCUGGAGAUCAUGCCUUACCCCAUGCUGCUGCCCUCAGGCAAGGUCAUUGACCAGAGCACGCUGGAGAAGUGUAACCGUAGUGAAGCCACAUGGGGCCGAGUGCCCAGUGACCCUUUCACAGGAGUAGCCUUUACUCCACACUCCCAGCCCCUGCCUCACCCCUCCCUGAAGGCCCGGAUCGACCAUUUCCUGCUGCAGCACUCCAUCCCUGGCUGCCACCUGCUUGGGAGAGCACAGACUGCAUUGGCAGUGACCCCUUCUUCCAUUGCUCUGCCCUCUCAGAAAAGGAAGAUGGAGCAGGGUGAACAUGCCCCAGACAGUAGCCUUGGCUUAAAUGCUUCCUGUUUUUCUACCACAAGCCUUCUGGUCUCACCCACUACCUCAGAGCACACUGCUAAGAAAAUGAAAGCUGCCAGUGAGCUCAUGGAUUGUUCAACAGGUCCAGUAUCCCAUGAGCAAAAGCUGUCACAAAGCUUAGAAAUUGCCUUGACAUCAACCCUUGGCUCCAUGCCCUCCUUCACAGCUCGGCUGACCAGGGGACAGCUCCAGCACCUCAGCACAAGAGGGAGCAGUGCUUCCUGGAGGCCAGGCUCCAGCUCGGAGCAGCCUGGGAGCAUCCUGGGCCCCGAAUGCACAUCCUGCAAAAGAGUGUUCUCUCCCUACUUCAAAAAGGAGCCCGUGUACCAGCUUCCCUGUGGCCAUCUCCUGUGCCGGCCCUGCCUGGGUGAGAAGCAACGCUCCCUGCCCAUGACAUGCAUAGCCUGCCAGCAGCCAUUCGCCAACCAGGACGUUCUGCGGGUUCACUUCUGAGUGACUGGCCUCAACCUGAGAAGACCCAUCGCUGGGAGGAGCUGAGGAGGAGCGAGUGGGGGGUCAAAGCUCCUAAGGUCUGGCCAGGCCCCAGGCACAGGGGGGCCUCUGCUUUCUCGCGGGCUUUCCCUUUGUCUCCUCCCACAGCGUAGCACAUGGGCCUGCGGAGUGAGGGGUCAGGGAAAGGGCUCUCCAUGCCCGCUCAAGUGGCAAUAGGAUAACAAAGCCAUAGUUUGAGCUGGGAGGGAUGGGGGAGAUGUCCCUGCCCUCCCGUGCCUCCCUGCCAGCACCCCCUGCCAGAGCCCAGGGCCUGCUAGAGCCAGCCCCACCCUCUGAGGCCCCCCAGGUCGUCUGCACACACCCCUCAGCCUACAAGGUGGAAGUGAAUGUGGCUUGGGAUCUCAGAGAGAGCCUCCACCUUCAGUGUCACCCAAAAGUGGAGCAUGGCAAGGAUCUGUGGAGUGAAUGACUCAGCCCCUCUGACUGGCAGACCACUCCGAGCCUUAAUAAAGCAAUGGUUGACGUCU